AGUUACAGGAAGAAGAUGAGUUUAGUGACGUUUAAAUUAGUCAGCCAAUCAUUUGCACGUUUUUUCUCUUGGCUCCAUUUGAAUAUACACGUAAUCAUGUCUACUCAAAGAGGCAGAGACACUGAGGAUGCUGGGGUGUCUAUAGAAGAAAUAGUUCAAGGCAUUUCUAGUCAGGAUGCUCAUCAACAAUUGAUUGCUGCUCAGAAUGCUAGAAAAAUACUUUCCAGGGAGCCUUGUCCACCAACAGAUGCUAUGAUUGCUUCAGGAGUUGUUCCCAUACUCGUACAAUUUCUUUUACGCCAUGAUAAUGUCCCCUUACAAUUUGAGGCUUGUUGGGCACUAGCGAAUAUAACAUCUGGCAAUUUUGCCCAAAGAAGAACUGUUGUUGAGGCAGGAGCAAUCCCUAAUUUUACAAGUUUGUUAUCUUCUCCACAUGCUAAUGUUGCAGAGAAAGCUGUCUGUGCCUUAAGAAACAUUGCAGGUGAUGAUGUUUAUUUAAGAGACUUGGUUAUUAGAAGUAACAUUAUACCUCCACUCCAUGCACUACUGACAUCUGACAUUUCACCACUGUUGCGACGCACUAUUACAGGAAUUUUGUCUAAACUUUGCAUUAAUGAAAAUUCGCCUCCUCCAUUUCACGUCAUCAAAAUGGUUCUGCCAACUCUUGCUGAACUGAUAAAUCACAGUGAUAAAGAAGUGGUCAGAGACUCUCUCUUUGCUAUAUCAUACCUGACUGAAGGCAGCUACAGGGAGCGUCAGGAAGUAAUAAAUCUUGGUCUUGUUCCACGCCUUUGUGAACUUCUAGAGAUGAGGGAAGUUUCUAUUAUCUCACCAGCACUCAAUGCAAUUGGACAUAUUAUAUCUGUAGAUGAUGAGCAUGUUCAAACAAUGAUCAAUGCUGGUGCUCUUCAGACUUUAAGGGUGUUGCUUAGACAUCCCGUAAAUUUUAUUGUGGAGGAUGCCUGUUGGAUUGUUUUUUUUACUGCAGGUACGCCUACUCAAAUCCAAGCUGUUAUUGAUAAUGAACUUGUGGGUCUUGUCAUUGAUGUUCUUCAUAAGGGUGCCAAAGGAUGCCAAAAGGAAGCCAUCUGGGCUGUUAAAAGUAUAACAACAUAUGGUACAAUAGAACAGAUUAUAUUUUUGGUCAAAGCUGGUGUCAUCCCUCCUGUUUGUAACCUUCUUGCUGUUAAGGAUCCAGAAAUUCUAGCUGUAGCUUUGGAAACCAUAGAUAAUAUUCUAAAUGCUACUACAGAAGGUACUACUGUAGGUACAACAGAAAGUGUCUGCUGCGUUAUAAAACAAUGUGGUGGCUUGGACAUAAUUGAAAAUUUACUACACCAUGAGGACCCAGAAGUGUAUAAAUUAGCAUUUACGAUUAUAGACUCUUUCUUUACAGGAGAGGUAACCAUGUCUACUCAAUGUAGACUGAAAUAUUUGAAGAAUAAAGGCAGAGACACUGAGGAGGAAGAAGAUAAGGAUGUUAAACCGAAACUUAUGAGUAAGCUUUAGUGGUCCCAAUGCUGCACCCAAUGGAAGAUUUUCCUUUUAAUAAUUAGUUUUCAUACAAAAAGGUUUUUAGAAUGUGAUUUCAGAUUAAAGUCUAACCUCUGCCUGUUGUACUUCAUUCCACUUCAUUCAUUCCUCAAAUGAACUGUUUUAUAAUUGUAUCAAAUAAAUCUCUAAAAUGGAGACGCCAUCUAAUGAACAGAA